AUGUCCAUCUUCGCCCUCUUACCACCUCUGCCGCCCUUCCUUUUCUCUGCACUCGUCGUGAGUGGCCUCGCCUCCAAGGCCUUACAUAUUGCGCUACAUUUUCGGUCAUUACCGUUCCUUUACUUCGUCCUCUACUCGCCCACCCUCAUUCUACCUGAUGUGUUCGUUAUCAUUUUCGCGCGAGUCUUGUUACGCUUCCAUACGCCGGAUAGUCGAUGGCAAUGGCUCUCGACUGGGCUGGGAGGAGCACUGUCCUUGGUCACAUGGGGUGCUUCCUCAAUCCAGUUCGGGUUCUUUCUGCAGACCGGUGCCGAGGUCGCCUGGGCAGCUGGCGGUAGCUUCCUGAGCGAUCCGGCGGCCAUGAAAAUUCUCCUCAGCGGUAUCUCAACUGUAUCCGCUGCGGCCACCGUCCUCGGACUGGUCGCCUGGUUGCUUCAUUCGCAUUUGUACAACAUCACCGGUCUCGGAUUGCAGGCAAUCCGAGACCUGUGCGUGGGGGGAUUCAAAUCGCGUUAUACAUUGAUUAACGCCCCCAGCAAAUCGUGCAUGGCCUCAAUAAACCUCCGGUCGCUCCGUCGCAUUAUUCCUGCAGUCGCGAUUUGUGUCUCGCUUGUUUUCUUGGAACUAACUAGGCCCGCUAUACCGUAUGACCAUAUAUCCGGGGCUCUGCCUCUGACGCUGCUCGAGGCAUUCCAGAAAAAGACGGUGACGGUGGAGGGAUGCCGCGAGCCCGCCAUGCCAUUCCCUUUGUUGAUCACGGACGAGAAUGGGGUGUCCCGUCCUCAGUUCCAACCGGACUCCACGUUUGUGGAACAAUGGUCACGAGCUACAUGGCUUCCCGAAAACCCACCCCGAGGAUUUAGCCGCUGGGAUCUCAGCCCGAGCGAUCGUGCAGAGAAGGAUAAUCAUUAUUCUUUUGUUUGCACUGGGGAUGAGGGAUUCUACGACCCGAAAAAUGAUCCGCUAAUGGUCACGAAUCUGGGCGGUGAAAUUUAUGAGCCCCUGCAAAAGGCUUUCAAAGAGCACUCUGUUGAGGUCAACCACAUAGUGCUAUUAACGCUCGAGAGUGGCCGCAAGGAACUUUUCCCCGCACAGCAGGGCACCCCCUUGUUCGAUGGUCUGCUCGCAUCUCAUAAGAAGCUGAACCUGGACAAGGCAAUCGAUCGUCUGGUCAAUAUGACCCCGGUCGCUCAACAGUUGACCGGCGAGUACGCAACCGAUAGCAAGGGGAACAAGGUCGACUUGAGCCACUCUCCGUGGCAGACCCCGCCACAAGAAGGUAUGGGUGGACUUAAUGUCCGUGGCGCCAUGACGGGUAGCUCUUUGACUUUCAAGAGUGUUUUGGGGAGUCACUGCGGUGUGAACCCUUUGCCAGUGGAUCUGCUGGAGGAGUCUAUGCUCGAAAUUUAUCAGCCAUGCUUGCCACAGAUUUUCGAUCUGUUCAAUCAAAACAAGGCACAAUCGGAGGAGCGCCGGCAGAACUCUUCCUCUAAGGAUACAUCCACGGCUAUAAAGAACCCCUGGAAGUCUGUCUUCAUGCAGUCAAUUACGGAUGACUAUGACCGUCAAGACAUACUGAAUGAAAACAUGGGCUUUAAGCACAAGGUCGUGAAGAGUAAUCUCGAAUCCCCCCACGCGAAACACAAAGUUCAGGGUGAAGAGAUCAACUAUUUUGGUUAUGCGGAAACUGAGCUCCGACCCUACGUCCUAGAUCUAUUCGAGGAAGCUGCAAACAACAAAACCCGCAUGUUCCUUUCACAUGUGACCAGCACAACCCACCACCCCUGGAGCACGCCAGACGAUUUCAAGAAAGAACCAUACAUGAGCGACCAGGGAAACAUCAACCACGACCUGAUGAACAACUACCUGAAUGCCGCCCGCUUCGUGGAUAAUUGGCUUGGAGAUAUCAUGACCCUGCUAGAACAAACUGGAAUCGCCAACGAGACUCUAGUCGUUGUCGUCGGAGACCAUGGCCAAGCCUUUGGCGAAGAUAACAAGGAGAUGACCGGCACGUAUGAGAAUGGCCACAUUAGCAACUUCCGUGUACCCUUGGUCUUCCAUCACCCGCACAUGCCUCGAGUGGACAUCACUGCCAACGCAACCGCUCUCUCCAUCGUCCCCACUAUUCUGGAUCUUCUCGUCCAGUCCAACUCUCUGGACGAGCGUGACUCCGAGAUCGCCUCUUCACUCCUCCCAGAGUAUCAAGGCCAGUCUCUCAUCCGUCCCUUCCUAUCUUCUAUGGAGGAACCACACCACCGCCGUGACUCCCCACCAGAUGAGCAGCCGGAGCACGAGCGAGAAAACACCCAGCCCGCAGCCCGGUCCCACCCAGAAGACCCAGCCAAGCGUCUCGUCUGGAACAUAGGACUGAUCAAUGCUGGUGGCUCAAUGCUCUCCGUCAUGGCAGCCGAUGUCCCCUACCGUCUCAUCCUUCCCCUGAAGGAUGGCUUUGAGUACACAUUCACCCACCUAGGCGAGGACCCGGGUGAAACCCACCUCACCAAGGCAUGGACUCUUGAGGAACUUAUCGCAGAGGUUAAGCCUAAAUUUGGUGCAGAGUCCGCCGAGUGGCUCACGGAUGCUGAACUAGUUGCCAAGUGGUGGGUGAGUGAACAAAAGCGAAUUUGGGGCUACCGUGAAGCAUAG